UUAUCACAAAAGUUAAGUAGGUGGAUUUUUCAAGCAACCUCAGACCUUGCGUGUGUUCUCUGAGCUCCUUUAAAAUACCAGAUACCAGAAGUUAGCGAUUUAUCACAAGUUCUGAAGUUUGAGUGGCUUCUAAUACAAGAAGAGAGAAGAUUUGAGAGAUUGUUGUGUAGUGUAACCAUGGCAACCCUUCCUACUUUCGAAGUGAAUGCUGUCGAGAGAAAGCAUUUAUUUACAAUAGCAGAACAAAUAGACAAGAAACAGUGCAGCAAAUUUUCUAGGGAUGAGAUUGAGCAGCUACUAUACACGUAUCGAGCCAUCACUGGUGACCCCAAUGGACGAAUAGACAGAAUCAAGUUCCGGGACCUACUACAAGACCACUUCCACAUGAGUGAUGACUUCUUUAUGGAUCGUGUAUUCCGUGCAUUUGAUAAGGACAGUGAUGGCUACCUGAGUCACGAGGAGUGGGUGGUGGGUAUGACCACCUUCAUCAAGGGAGAUCUGGACAGUGCCAUUGAGUAUUGCUUUGGAGUGUACGACCUCAACGAUGACGGCUACAUCAGUCGUGAGGAGAUGUUUCAGAUGCUCAAGAAUACGAUGCCCAAACAGUUGACAGAGGAGGACCCAGACGAGGGUAUCAAGGAGAUAGUGGAGGGCAUGGUCAAGAGAAUGGAUCAUGACAAUGAUUCAAAAGUGUCACUGGAGGAUUUCAAGAAAUCUAUUGAGAAUGAGCGACUGUUGAUUGAAGCAUUUGGACCUUGUUUACCAGACUCCACCUUGUUAGAGGACUUCUCAGCUAAAAUAUUCAAUAGCUAGUAGCCGUUAUUAUUAUUAUUACGGUAGUGCUUGACACUGUAUUGCUGUGUGUUAUAUAUGAGCACUAAGAGA